AUGGGGGUUGCGGUCUACAACAUCUCUGCGACCUCAGCCAGAGUGAGCUGGCCGUCGUCCCCCAGCUGCCUGGACACCUUCUACAGCGUCAUGUACGACCCCAACUGGAACAGCCUGCUGAUGGGCUACAAGCGCAAGAGCUUCAUGCACGAGGAACGCAUCCCCGUCAGUCAGACCAGCACGCACCUGGCCAACCUCCUCCCGCAAACCGCCUACUUCCUGUGUGUGACGUGUCAGGCGGCCAAUCCGGUGCGGGACCAGUGCCAGGUGUUCAGCACUCCGAGUGACAGCAGCGAAGGUCACGACAGGACGGGCUGGGAGCUCGCCAUGGGCGUCUGGCUGACCUGCUGCAUCUUGCUGCUAGUCAUCGCCAGCGUCCUGUUGUGGGGGUGUCUUCACACCAUCUGCUCCCUGCCCGGUCAGGCCGCUGACAGCUGCCAUGUCGUGACCAACUCGACCCGUCAAGACAUGUCCGGAUCGGAACGCCUCUACGCUCCCAGACGCACCAGCGAGGACAGCGCCAAACACAUCCUGCAGCCCCCCCUCCUCUCGACGCAGCCCGCCGGCCACAUAAUUACCCAGGACCACGAGCUGAGGACACUCGCCAAGCUGUCCGGCAGCGAGCCAGCGUGA